CUGUGUUGUUUUUUUUAGAUAUCCCCCUGUUCUCCUCCACUUACUAAUCCGUAUUAUCUAACCCUACCGCAUUGUCUGAACGAACCCCCUCGGGCGGUCACAUUGGGUAUGUAACGCCAGGCUUACAUACUUAACCCCUGCGCGUCAUGUUCAUACGUCGGAGCAAGUCAGUGCAACUCAAAAGUUCACCAGGAAUGAAUAUCUCACUCUCUAGGCGUUGAUCAAAAUAACAUAGUUUAACUCAGAUCGGCCAUCUAAGCGAGGAUCGGGGUUACAGGACCAGUGAAGCAUGUCUAUCCAGUACGGGGAGCCAGACAUGGCUGGGAGCUACGGGGUGGUGGACUCGUUCCCCAAAGACUUCGGCUACGGGGGCGACGAGGCGGGCAUCGACGAUGACAGCUCGGCGUCAGCUGACACCCAGCCCAGGAUACUGCUCAUGGGGCUCCGCCGGAGCGGCAAGUCCUCCAUCCAGAAGGUCGUCUUCCACAAGAUGUCGCCCAACGAGACGCUCUUCUUGGAGAGCACCAACAAGAUCCACAAGGACGACCUCUCGGGAAGCUCCUUCGUCAACUUCCAGAUCUGGGACUUCCCCGGACAGGUGGACUUCUUUGACCCCACGUUUGACGACGAAAUGAUCUUCACGGGCACCGGAGCCCUCAUCUUCGUCAUCGAUGCCCAGGACGACUACGUGGAGGCCCUGGGGCGGCUGCACGGGACGGUGUCGCGGGCGUACCGCGUCAACCCCCACAUCAACUUCGAGGUGUUCAUCCACAAGGUGGACGGCCUGUCGGACGACCACAAGAUCGAGACGCAGAGGGACGUGUACCAGCGGGCCAACGACGACCUGGCCGACGUGGGGCUGGAGAAGCUCCACCUCAGCUUCUAUCUGACCAGUAUCUAUGACCACUCCAUAUUCGAGGCCUUCAGCAAAGUGGUCCAGAAGCUCCUCCCCCAGCUGCCCACUCUGGAGAACCUCCUGAACAUCUUCAUCUCUCACUCGGGCAUCGAGAAGGCCUUCCUGUUCGACAUGGUCAGUAAGAUCUACAUCGCCACGGACAGCUCCGCGGUGGACAUGCAGUCCUACGAGCUGUGCUGCGACAUGAUCGACGUGGUCAUCGACAUCUCCUGCAUCUACGGGCCCAUAGAGGACGGCGGGGCGUACGAUAAGGAGUCCCUGGCCAUCAUCAAGCUCAACAACACCACGGUGCUCUACCUGAAGGAGGUCACCCGCUUCCUGGCCGUGGUCUGCGUGCUGCGGGAGGAGAGCUUCGAGAGGAAAGGUCUGAUCGACUACAACUUCCACUGCUUCCGCAAGGCGGUCCACGAGGUGUUCGAGGUGGGCUGCAGGACACAGAGGAACGGUGGCCGGCCGGACGACUCCCUCACCUCGUCCACCUCCACCUCCUCCUCCACCCACGCUCCGAACCACAGGAACUAUGCCUCGCACAACGGGAGCAUGAUGUAGGCGGAGGCUUGGUGAGCCCGCCCACAGCGGGACAGUCAGGGUGGUCAUCCAUUGGCUGAGCAGAACAUCACCUGGAGUAGGGGACGGCUGUGUGUGCGUGUGUGUGCGUGUGUGUGUGUGUGUGUGUGUGUGCGUGUGUGUGUGCGUGUGCGUGUGUGUGAGAGUUGGUGGGGCAGGGUCGUGUCGUAAGCAAGAGAGGUUGUUCGACUCUCAGACGAAGAUUUCUGGGUUCGAUCCCCGAAAAUGUCUGCCGCCACCUGCCCUCUGGUUUCCUCAGCCCCUCCCUGCUCCUCUCCUCACCCCCCCCCCCCCCCCAUCACAGACUCCUCCCACGCUGGGAGGGUUAGAGGUAUGUUGGCUCCAUCGCUCCCAUGAUUUCAAAGAACUGUUUUAGAAAUGGAUCCAGGCCACUCUCCUCCUCUCCUCUACAGUUGAGGGAGGAGGGGUGUAGGGGGACGAAAUGGACAAGAAGAUGAAGUGACUCGUGUGAGAGAGAGGUAUUGGAGAGGAGAGGUGGUGACAGUUUGAAAGUCACAGCACAAAUCAACAUCAAUUUUUUUUUCAUGCAGUGUAUUGGCGAGGUGAUGAUUGUCACAUGUCUAUGGUUUAAUGAUAAGUAUAUGAUUUGAGGCCUUAUCAUGAGCCUUGGUUGGUUUGCCAAAUUAUGUUUAGGUUUUCCUGCGGCCCUAAAUCUUCUUCUGUUGAAUGAUGAUGUGCCUAUGGACCAAAGUGUAUUACUGCCGAGGAAAUGUUUCCGACCCUCACUCUGUGUGUGUGUGUGUGUGUGUGUGUGUGUGUGUGUGUGUGUGUGUGUGUGUGUGUGUGUGUGUGUGUGUGUGUGUGUGUGUGUUUGUUUCUCUGGGGUUGGUGACAACGUAAAUAUUUAGUUCUCAUCCCGGAUACAUACGGAGCUGAAUUGCGAGCCGCUUGCACAGAGCGGUUUGAAUAAAUAGACGUCGGCUCACCAUCGUUCUCUUAGUGCUGUUAGCUUCUUGAUUGAUCACUGUUGUAGUUUCAACUGAUUUUCUUUUUUUCCUUUCCUUAAUUUUUAUUUUUUCAUGUUACCGUGGCAGAUUGAAGUGUUCGCUGUAGAUAGUAGAAACGUAUUUUACGGUAGUAAUGUGUGAAUUAGUAACUCCAGUGCCGUAUCACUUCUCGACUUUUUUCCGAGAACGCGACAUCCCGACAUAUAUAUAUAUUUUAAAUUUCCGAAAACAUCGAGAACGAAUGUGUCAAAGUGAGAACAAAAUGCCGAGCGAAAAGCCACCAGGAAGAGACCGGGAGACCGAUGGGCCGAGUGUUGAUAAUGACUCAAGCCCAGCUUCUGCUGGAGAUCCUGCUGGACGUCCAUGGUGCCAGCGGGACUAUUAUGGUCUGUGUUGAUAAAGUGUGUUUGGGCUCGGAGAGGGGCAGUGUGUGUUGGUUCUUAAUGGGGUCCUGGAAGAGAAAAAAGUAUUUUCAUUAGAGCCGUCGCGCCCGCCUUCCGUUGGCCAAGUUUACGUUAUGACAUUAUGUUUAGUAGCAGGUAAUAAUUUGCUUUUAGGGAAGUUCAAGCAGGUCUGGACAAUAUUUCCGAGACCAUAAAAUCACACACACGCACACACACACACAUACACACACACACACACACACACACACACACACACACACACACACACACACACUACACUUCUCUAUCUAUUUCUCUCCUCUUUUAACCGAAUCCAACUGAGAAUAGCUUUAAAGCAAGGAAAUGUGAAUUGCUGAAAAAUAAAGUUUUUAUAGCCCAAUUA